CUCAGAUUCGAAGAAAAAGGGAAAAGCAAAUACAAAAACCCUAGUUCUUAAACCCCUGUAGUGGAGUGUCACUCUCUGGUUCACAUUACCUUCUUCCUCUUCGUUUUUGCAUCUGUUUCUCAGCGUAAUUAAAGAUGGUUCGAAGCUUAAAGAACCCUAAAAAAGCUAAACGGAAGAACAAGCAGGGCGGAAAGAAAGGAGAAGGAUCGUCGAAUGAAGUACCGUCUUUGCCAGCAAAAGUAUGGCAACCAGGUGUAGACAAAUUGGAGGAAGGUGAAGAGCUUCAGUGUGACCCUUCUGCUUACAACUCUCUUCAUGCCUUCCAUAUUGGCUGGCCCUGCUUGAGUUUUGAUGUGUUGCGUGAUUCGCUCGGCUUGGUGCGAACUGAGUUUCCACAUACUGUAUAUUGUGUAGCAGGAACACAAGCAGAGAAAAGUUCUUGGAACUCGAUUGGAAUUUUUAAGUUAUCUAAUAUAUCUGGAAAAAGGCGGGACAUGGUGCCAGACAAGAAAGGUGAUGAGACUGAUAUGGACAGCGAUAGUAGUGACAGUGAUGAAGAAGAAGAGGAAGCUGGAUCAGGGACACCUGUUCUACAGCUACGCAAGGUGUUUCAUGAAGGAUGUGUUAAUCGCAUCCGUGCUAUGACGCAAAACCCUCAUAUAGUUGCUUCUUGGGGUGAUACUGGUCAUGUUCAGGUUUGGGAUUUUAGCUCGCAUUUAAAUGCUUUGGCAGAAUCAGAGAGUGAUCUUAGCCAUGGGGCUUCUGCAGUCUCUAAUCAAUCACCCUUAGUUAAGUUUGGCGGACAUAAAGAUGAAGGCUAUGCUAUAGAUUGGAGUCCUCUUGUUCCGGGAAGGCUCGUGUCAGGGGACUGCAAGAACUGUAUCCAUUUAUGGGAGCCAACAUCUGGUACAACAUGGAAUAUUGAUGCUAAUCCUUUUGUUGGACACAGUGCAAGUGUUGAAGAUCUUCAGUGGAGCCCUACAGAACCUUCUGUAUUUGCCUCUUGCUCAGUUGAUGGCAGUAUUGGAAUAUGGGACAUCCGUGUGGGUAAAUCUCCUGCUACCACUAUAAAGGCACAUAAGGCAGAUGUCAAUGUUAUAUCAUGGAACAGGUUGGCUAGCUGUAUGCUUGCAUCUGGAAGUGAUGAUGGGACAUUUUCUAUUCGAGAUCUUAGAUUACUCAAGGAAGGAGACGCUGUCGUGGCACACUUUGAAUAUCACAAACAUCCCAUCACUUCUGUCGAAUGGAGUCCCCAUGAACCCUCAACUGUGGCAGUUUCAUCAUCAGACAAUCAGCUGACUAUCUGGGACCUUUCUUUAGAAAGAGAUGAGGAAGAGGAGGCAGAGUUCAAAGCUAAAAUGAAAGAGGAAGUCAAUGCCCCAACAGAUUUGCCCCCACAACUUCUUUUCGUUCACCAGGGUCAGAAAGAUUUGAAAGAACUUCACUGGCAUUCUCAGAUCCCAGGAAUGGUUAUAUCCACUGCAGCAGAUGGAUUUAACAUACUAAUGCCAUCAAACAUUGAAAACGCGCUUCCUGCAAAUGAUGCUUGAUAGUUCAUAUUUCUGACGUGCCUACUCUGUGUGAUGGCAUUUGUUCUUUUGCUUUUGUAAUAUAUAUUGUGACUGAGUUCCAGCAAUUUUGUCCAAGAAUAUCUAUUUAUGGAUCUUGAACUAUAGCAAUACAUAUAAAUGAACACAUUGCAUGGUUGAGAUGUGA